GGUUCAUAAUUCAUAAAGCUUGGGGCUUUCUGGGUUUAAAUCACUGAGAGGCUGAAAUUGAAGCUCUGCAGGAGUCUAGGGUUUGGUUUUAGCCAUGGACGAACCGAAGGAUGACCCGCCGGUGUUUCUGGAUCGUACCUCACGCGCCACCAGAGGGAAGAGGAUGACGAAGUUGCUGGAUGAAGAAAUCGAAGAGGAUGAGACGUUCUGGAAUCAAGAGGCGCUUAAAGAUGAGGAACAAGAUGAUAAUUAUGAAGCAGAGCCUGAAGUUGCUGAUGUGUUUGAUAGCGAUUUCGAUGAAGAUGAGCCUGAGCCGGAUGAAGGUGCAGAGAACAAUGAGGGAGAGGAAAGACGGACGAAGAAGCGGUUGAUAUUUCCAGGGAAGCAAUCGAGUAAGAAGAAGAAGAUAAAAGUGCUUUCGAAGAUAGAAGACAGCUCCAACAAAGAGAAGCCGAAAUCUUCUUCUAAACAUGAACAGCAUCAUCUUGAUGCUGCUGAGGAUGGAGAAGGCGAGAGAAGUGUGAGGAAAUCUACAAGAACGGCAGUGGUUGUUAGGCAAGCUGAGAGAGAGGCGAAUCGUGCUGCUUUGCAAGCAACGAUGAGGCCGAUUAAAAGAAAAAAGGAAGGCGAAGAGAAGAGGAUGAGCCAGGAAGAUAUGCUUUUGGAAGCAGCUCAAACAGAAAUUAUCAACUUGAGGAACUUGGAGCGUGUUUUAGCCAGGGAGGAAGAAGUUAAGAAGAGAGCAAUCGUGCAUAAGGCUGUCUAUACUGGUCCACAACUAAGUUAUUUCUCAAAAGAUGGUAACUCAUAUCUGGAAUUCAGUAGAGGGUUAUCAUUCCAGUCCCAACUCUCUACAACAUCUUCUCCAUAUCCUGAGAAAGCUGUCUGUGCUGUUACCGGCUUACCUGCUAAGUACCGUGAUCCAAAGACAGGGCUACCAUAUGCAACAAAAGAAGCUUUUAAAGUUAUUCGGCAGCGUUUUCUACAAGAAAGUGGUGCAGUCAGGAAAGAGAUGGAGCUGGGUGAUUUGUAUGAUUCGCUUUGUGGAAAAGGUUUUUCGGCAAGGCAGAAGAGAUCAGUAGUAUCAAAUAAAAGUGAGGUGUCAUAUCCCCGAUACUUUGCACGUUUUCGCAGGGCUCCAGCUCUUGAAAGUGUGUCAUCGGAAGAGUGACUGUUAGUCUGAGACUGCACAUUCUCAUAGUUCUUAAUUUAGGAUGCUUUAGAAUUGACCAUGUGCAAGGUCUUGCUAACCACAUAUGAAGAAGGCUUUAUGAAGAUGGCUUGCAGACUAGAAGCACAAGUUAUUUGAGGGUGCAUGACGAAAGACUUCAAUGAAGCUUCUGAGCACCCUGCUCUGUCUAUGAUGAAGCGCCAGUGAUUGCAAUGGGGAUAAUUACCUCAAAUAAAUGAGUUGGUGAUCGUAAAGCGUGGGUGUCGGUUAGCCAAAACGUUUUGUAUUUGAAAGUGAAAGCUAGAUGUUGCGACUUUUCUUGAUUUAGUAUAUUUUGCUGCUGCUAUGUGCUAUCUAUGCUAGAAGAGUAUUUUAUCAAGUUCGACGUGUAUCAGGUUUAGGAUGCUCCCAUUAAAU